AUGCCUGAUACCCAAACAGAAAGCAUCGACAUGGAUUCGUCCAUUUCUUCCUCCACUGCAUUGCUUUAUUUCAUCAACGGACUUUCGCCUGAUGGCCAACAUACUCCAGCCAACCUAAGUAAUAGCACUAUGCGGGUCACUCUUUUUGUUACAGACAACGACACUGACUUAAAUCAGAUCGUUCUAAACACGACAACCAGCGGGCUCCUCCUUAAGGAAGACGUCCCCAAUAUAAAAGAUGUGUUUCUGGGCGACUAUUUAGUUAACAAGUCCCGCUUGGGACUAGACAACGGUUCUUCUCUUGCCUGGGAGUGGCUCGAAGAUAGCCAGUUUUGUGUUCGGGCCAAAACCAAAGAAUCUGGAGCAGCUAACCACACAAAAUGUGAUCACACUUCGAUCAAUAAGUUCAUAUCUGAAGCCCUGAACUUAAAAGCGUCACAUGCAGCUAUUGAGAGCCUUCGAUGGAUACUCGCCAAAGAAGUCGCUCUUUUUGAAUUGAGUGAUGAAGAUAUAAAGGCUUACAGAAAUGAAAAGAAAUUUGAUUCGGGUGGUGAUACCAAUGCGCCAAAGGAUAUGAAACCACUAACUACAACACCAAACUUUGCUAACACUACCAACAUCUAUGGUAAUCAUACUAACGUGAACGCUGGCGCAAAUAACAGUAAAAUUACGAACAUGACGUCUCAGUUACCGGAGCAGUACCUGGCAAGCCGUAUGGUGUUCAAAGUUUCAAAUCUAACGCGUGCCUUAGAGCCGAACACCUCUUUCAGCCUCUUCGCUACAAUUGGACCUGUUUUUCAGAAGGUCGGUCAAAUCAACAGCUCCUUCCACCCGCUAGACAAGACAAGAUGGCGACUCAUCUCGGAGAAGCUAAAGGGUUCACAUUGUCCAGGCUACUGCCCAGCCUGCACACGAUGCACUCAGAAUACAUCGCAACUGCAACAGCAGCACCAGCAGCACCAUCACCAACAAGGAUGGCCAGCUCCUUCAUUAAAGUAUUACAGACAGGGAAACCUUUAUGUUGCGCUUGUGAUACCCUUAGAACAAUCAGCAUCAUGUGAAACCCUUCCUUCAAAAGAAGAAAACUCCAAAAUAGUCGAACAAUUCUUAGAAUCGAUCGACGCACUCCAAGACGAAGAAUCGACGUCGCUCUUGGGUUACACUUUAGGCGGCAUCGUCAUUGAUUCUUGUCAGUCAAAACAACCCCCACAUCACCGCCGGCAGCCACCGGAGGAAAGUAUACACAUCUCACCCUGUUACACCCUUAAAGACACUCUCAAUAUUAGCCGGCAAGUCUCCAACCAAAACAUUGUAUCUUACAUCCACUUGCCAAAUUUAAAUUCUUUUUCUACCGCGAAAAUCGGCGAAUCCCGCUCAAAGACAUCGACGAUCCCGGAUAUCACCGUCUCUAGAAUUGGAUCAUUUCUGGACGCAAUCCAGGUGACCCAGUACGUCAAAGUCAUACUAAAGGUCUUUGCAUCGCUUCGUUGGACAUAUUUGACUGUUGUCUGCUCGGAGAACGCGUUGAUGGUCGAGCUGCAGCGCCGUCUAAUAGCAGAAGCGAGAAAAAAGAACAUGUGUAUCCGGGAUCUUAUCAAAAUGUCCGAACUCCGAGCGAGCGGUUUAUUGGACGGAAGUCAUACUUUCCUCCAAGAGGAGUCCUCGGCAGUCAUUCUUCUAACUGACGCGCACGACACCCAUGAUUUCCUACGUUCUGUUACUAAAGCUUACAAUUCAUCACACAUCUUUAAUUUCCUUUUCUUCCCUUGGAAUUCAGCCUUACAUCCCAGCCUGGGGACAAAUCUCUUUCAAAGCUCCAUUCUAGUGGAGAUUAACGACCCCGUAGCCAACGAAAUCCCGAAAAACAUCUCAUCAUUGUCGGUUUCGGAACUAGAAAGCCAGUUGGAACUCUGCCUUUUGAGCCCCAGCAGCAGCGUCUACUGUCCCACGGGCACCAUUAACCGCGGGCCGACUGAACCAGUCCUGGCGAGCUAUGUGGCCUCAUUUGUCAGCGCUAUUGGCCAUAGUCUUACCGGUCUCCACUCACAGAUCUGCCCCGACGGUGAGGAAGGCUUGUGCAAAGCUUACUUGGACUGGUCCCGCGUGAUGUCCUUGCUGCGGCAGAGGCUGCGGGUCGGGCCUGUCUCCUUAUUUAACAAUUCUAGAAAAUUCGACAGCAGUGGAACGCUGCGCGUUAACUAUGCUAUCAAGAACCUACAGCGAAUAAGAGGAGGGUUCCGGUGGACACAGGUCGGUGAAUUCAACACCAAUGGUAGUUUGUCGCUCAAUCCGAAAUCAGUCCGAGGCUACAACGCCCUGCAAGAUGUGAUGAACCCGGUGUCUCAGUGCAAACGAUGGUGUCCUCGCUGCUACCAAUGUGACCUAACCACACCAAGCAGCCAGUCCCAAGCCAACAACUUUGCGCUGUACAUGCCAGGAGAUGUUCUUAUUACUGCCGUUAUGCCUGUGCGAAAAAGGGGGCAGACACCUUUCGAAUGCGGUUCAAUCAACACGGAGGACGAUGCCGACCAGCUCGUUCUCUCCUUACUCUAUGCGGUAACAACAGCGAAGCAAAGACACCCCGGACUUCUAGACGGGGUGAAUCCAGGCCUCCUGAUUCUGGAUUCCUGUGCCACGAAGGAAAGAGCUUUGAUGGUAACAGGCAAUUUCGAGUCAUGUUUUCUCUCAAUUCGUUUACAGCGACCAGACAACAGCCGGCAGCGUCGAGAUGCGGGCAAUAACAACAGUGCAAAAACGCAGUCGGCGAGGAUCAUUGACUAUUACAGAACAUGGGGAGCCAGCCCUCGUCUUUCGCCUGUUUACAUCUCUGUCGGAACGUCUGAUGUUUUGGACGUUCUGACCUCGUCGAUUUCAGAUUUUAGGAAACCCGUGUUGGCCGUCGACCAGCAGGGAAGGUCGCGCCGGGCUGAGCGAGAAUCAGACCUCUCCGACACAACCCUGUCUCUGAGUCUGGCUGCCAGAACCCGAAUGGAGGCGAUCGUCAGCUUGCUCCUAAAGUUCCAAUGGACUCAUGUUUCCGUUGUAGCCUCUGAAAGCAUAGAGAACCGAAAACUAAUUAAGUUGUUUAAUGAUUUAGCCAAAGAGGCUAAACUGUGUGUCUAUCAUGUAUUGAUGCUGGAAGAUCCUGAAUUGAGCGGAGACGAUAUAUUCAGGCAUUCAAACAGAACACGGGGAAAAUCCAAACUUAAAUUAAUCAGCGAAAACCCCCUCUUGAAAAUCAACAGCGAUGUGCCUAGUUCGUUUGCUUGUGCGCUGAGGGACUUGGCUAGGGAUAACACGACAAGAGUAGCAUUUGCCCUGGUUAGCGAAGAGCAUUUCUUGAAACUUAACGCGUUGGUCAAAGAAAAUGGAUUGUCAAUCAUUUGGAUAUUCGAUCAAUCAGAUAGCGGCUGGGAAGAAGAUCUCUCCUCGGCGUCCAUUCCUCUCGGGUCAUUCACCAUCGGACGCCAGACACAAGUUUAUCGUGGCUUCAAAGAAUAUUACACCCGCCAGUCGAAUCGAAGAAUAACAGACGAAAAUAUGAAUCAAGCAAUGAGUAAGUGGCUAGACGAACAGUGGGACGCGCGCUUUGGCUGCGAUCUGCCCGGCCAGGAUUCAAACUACGGCGUCGCGUGUCCGCGCGAGGAAAACCAGAGUCAUGUCAUCUCACCGGUAACCACGGACGUUAUACGGGCAGCCGACGCUGUGCUUUUUGCCUUACAGACGGAAUAUGCCGCCAAGUGUGGAAACAAAGGCGGGCUAUGUGCAAAAUUCGCCCGCCAGAAACAGCCCAUCACACUGGCCUCAUUCCAGAAAGUGCUUGUCAACGCUGAGAACGACAGUUUCCAGUUCAGUCCAAGUAGGGAGGUGGACACGAGCAUUGCCAUUUACAACAGACAGGCGAAAGAGAACGGAAGUCAUCUAGUGCAGGUUGCUGAGUGGAGAAAUAGAAUCCUUACACCGACCAAAGGGAGACAAAUCAAGUUAUACGAUCGCUCUGGAGAAGAAUUGGAUCGCAACAACGCGGACCUGCUAAUGCCUCCGCCUUCAUGCAUUGGUACCCGCUGCAGUUGUGUAAAUAUACCCACAGAUCCGACCCCAACAAUCAAAUCACUGAACAGCUCUACAAUGUCAUUGACUCUACGACGCGAAGGCUACUCCAAGUCAACUGGUCAGUUCACCGGUACAAUCUGGGCGACAGUUGUUAUGACCGUGGCGGCCGCUGGGGUCCUCACGGCAAUCGGCAUCUUCUUCUACCUGCUUUAUAAAUAUUGCUCAGGCACUGGCGGUGGAAGGCGCUACUCUCUGCUGGGAAUGUUGCUGUUGUUUGCCAUUGUGAUCCAGUUUGCUACCAUGCUCCCGUUUGUAUUUACCGCCAACGAACUCAUCUGUGAGAUGCGAUAUUUUGCACCUGGUUUCGGUUAUUCCCUUACCCUGGGUAUAAUCCUCGUCAAAUUAAUGAACCUCUAUGAUUAUCGGAUGAUCGGUCUUGGCGGAACCCUGUCCGGUAUGAACCAACUGUUGAUGGUGUUGUUCGUGGCCGGCGUCCAGGUGGCCGUCGGAGCGCAAAGGUGGCUACUAAAGGGGUCGGUUUUUGUGCGAGUAGUGACCUACUACGGCGUGACCAUGUACGGCUGCGCAUUUGACAAACUCGAAUUUGUCUACUAUCUCGGCUACCCGAUGUUUUUACAAAUCAUCUGUCUACUUUAUUCCAUUGGUAUGUACAAAGAGAAGAGAAAUUUGCGAGAAGCCAAGUAUGUCCUUAUAGCCUGCACGUUGUGUAUUUUUGUUUGGAUAUCAUGGCUUCUUGUCUAUUUCCUACGACCGGACGAUCUGACGCAGCCGGCCAUUGCCGUGGGCAUAUUGGUCAAUGCAUGCAUGAACUUGGCGGUCAUUUUCAUUCCAAAGAUUCACAUGAUGGCCACUCUAAAGUAUGACGUCAACAAAACAUCGCAGGACCAUUACAGUACCAAGGCUGAUUCGGAUUUUUUCUUUGAAAGACCUUUCUCUCUUCCAGGAACUUUGAAAACCUCAGUUUCAGAUAAAACUUAUUCAAGAUCUUAUACUGCCUUCCAGAAUUUUGAUCACUCUUCUGGGUCUGUGUAA